AUGCGGUUAACCCGUGGCCAUAUGGCCUCAACCUUUAUCGAAACAGUUAAUAUCAAUUUGGAGGAUUUCUCUGAAACAUUUUUGACCUGUGCUACAUGCUUGUGCACUUACGAUCAGGAACAAAAAAAAGCGAAGCUUCUUUCGUGUUCUCAUACUGUGUGUUUGGAAUGUCUGCUACAUAUGGAGCAGCUGCCGCAGGUGAUUGAAACAGGUGUCGUGCGUUGUCCUCUUUGUCGUGAGAUGAUUACUAUACCUUCGGGUGGCUCGAAUGCAUUCCCUUCUUCAUUUCUCAUUAACCAGCUUCUUGAUUUGAUGCAGAAACAGCGGAAAGACGUUGUACCCAACUGUUCAGUACAUCAACAAGAGCAACUGCUCUAUUGUGAGGCAUGCGAUCUCGUUUUUUGUCAACAUUGUGAUUCUCUUUCCACGCGUGACUGCUCUGAUCAUACAGUAAUUCCUUUUUCGAUUGCAAUAAAGCGCCUAUCGGAAAUUGUUGUAUAUAAAGCGAAUCAGUGUGUUGCAAGCUUGAAUACGGCUGCAGCUAAUGUAAAAUUCGAGACUUUGCAGUUGGAUCGAAAUGUUGAUAAUGUCGUAGAUGGACUAAAUGCAUCGUUUCAGGAAAUAUGUCAGUUGGUGGAGAAUCGACGUCGUGAGCUGAUCGAUGCAGUUCGAAUGAUGAGGGACGAAAAACAGAAAGUAUUGCGCGAUCAGACAGAAUUGAUUGAUUCAUACCGCAAAAAAUAA